AUUAGCUUUGUUGUUCAAUAUUCACAUAUCAACAAAAGCAGUCCAUCGUCAAUCUAUCCUCAGAUUCGAGAAUCAUAUACUAAAAAAAAAACAGUUAAACACUAUCGUUCUAAUAUAAGUUAAAACAGCAGUUUUGACCAAAAGAUUGGUGUAUGAUGGACGUUGAAUCGGUGAUGUGCGAGUGUUGUGGCUUAACGGAAGAUUGUACGCAACACUACAUUAGUGAAGUCAAAGCUAACUUCGCCGGAAAAUGGCUUUGUGGACUUUGCUCCGAGGUGGUUAACGACGAAGUCAGCCGAGAUCUGAAGCAGACGACGUUGGAGGAAGCUCUUAAUGCUCACGUGUUGUUUUGUGGCAAGUUUAAAGCUAACCCGGCAGAACUGGUCGCUGCCGGCAUGAAACAGAUGCUACGUAGGAGGUCUGGUGACAUGUUGCCGGCCAAGUCCAAGAUGUUCGGAAGAUCUAAGUUCUAACACCAAGUCGUUGUGUACACAUCUUGUUCUCUCAGUACUUUCUUCUCUUUUAGCGUUGGCUAAUGUAUAAUACAAUAAAAAAAAUGUUAAUCAGUACAGUCAAACAACUAUUACCAGUAAUCUUUGCAAGAACACAAGCCGUCUUUAUAACAGU